GCCAGCAUAUGGUGUUUUCAAUUUAUAUUUUGACAAUCACUUUGUUGUUUAUUGUAGUUGUGUAUGUUUAAAUUAGUUUUUAGUAAUUUAGUGAAACUGUAAACAAUGUCAAGACAGCACCGGCGUCCAGCAGAGUCAAGUUCCAGUUCGGAGGAAGUGGAUAGCGAGGAAGAAUCUCGUAUAAGAGAUAUAAAAGAACGUGAUGAGUUCGCUGAACGCCUUAAACAGCGCGAUGACAAUCGAACGCGUAAAAUAGUAGAAUCUACUGGGAGUCGUAGAGCUAUCGAAGAGGCUGCAAUUCGUCUUAAAUUGGAUAAUGAAGAUCGAGAUAAAAUUUUGCCGCAGCUGCGGAAACAGUCCCGUCGCGUCUAUUUGGAGAAACGUAAAGACGAUAAGGUGGCCGAAUUGGAAGCUGAUAUAAUAGACGAUGAAUAUCUGUUUGAAGAAACUACUCUAACAAAGAAUGAAAUUGAGGACCGCAAAUACAAAAAGAAGCUAUUGUCGAUAGCUAAGGACCAUGAGAAAGCACGUGAACUGGAACGCAUACAGCGUUAUCGUAUGCCAGAUAAUUUGAAGAAGGGUGAACAGAUGGAAUAUGUUGAAGUCGAUGAAACAGAAAAACAACUUAACGCUGAACAAAAGAAAUGGGAAGCAGAACAGUUAGCUUCGGCAAGGUUUAAAUUCGGUUCUAAAGAUGCAAAAGCACAGGAGGAAUAUGAACUAUUGCUGGAAGAUCAAAUUGAUUUUAUACAAGCAAUAACAAUGAGUGGGACCAAGGAAAAAACGAGUACAGACCCAGAACUAACAGAAAGCCAGAAAAAACGUCUAACUAUCGAAGAAACAAAAAAAUCUUUACCCGUCUAUCCGUUUAAAGACGACCUUAUAGCAGCGAUAACGGAGCAUCAGGUGCUCAUCAUUGAAGGUGAAACUGGCUCUGGUAAAACUACACAAAUACCUCAAUAUUUGGUUGAAGCGGGUUUCACAAAAAAUAAAAAGAUGAUUGGUUGUACGCAACCGAGACGUGUAGCUGCUAUGUCUGUUGCGGCUCGAGUCGCUGAAGAAAUGGGCGUUAAGUUAGGCAAUGAGGUAGGCUAUGCAAUACGUUUUGAAGAUUGCACGUCGGAGCGCACUAUACUUAAGUACAUGACUGAUGGCACAUUGCACAGAGAAUUUCUUUCAGAACCAGAUCUUGCUUCUUACAGUGUAAUGAUUAUCGAUGAGGCUCAUGAACGUACAUUGCAUACUGACAUACUUUUUGGACUUGUAAAGGAUAUUGCGCGUUUUCGGCCAGAACUCAAACUUCUUAUCUCCAGUGCGACUUUAGAUGCAGAGAAAUUUUCAAAGUUUUUUGAUGACGCGCCAAUUUUUCGAAUACCAGGAAGAAGAUAUCCAGUAGAUAUUUUUUACACAAAAGCUCCAGAGGCUGAUUAUAUUGAUGCCUGCUGUGUAUCUGUACUUCAAAUUCAUGCAACACAGCCACUUGGUGAUAUUCUUGUAUUUCUUACUGGACAGGACGAAAUUGAGACAUGUCAAGAAGUUCUCUUGGAACGGACUAAACGUUUGGGCUCCAAAAUUCUUGAACUCAUAAUUAUUCCUGUUUAUGCCAAUUUGCCUAGUGAUUUACAAGCAAAAAUAUUCGAGCCUACCCCACCAAACGCUCGUAAAGUAAUAUUGGCCACAAAUAUUGCGGAAACCUCGUUAACCAUAGAUAACAUAAUAUACGUUAUUGAUCCUGGUUUCGCCAAACAAAAUAAUUUUAAUUCACGCACAGGAAUGGAGUCUUUAAUGGUAGUACCAAUUUCAAAGGCUUCUGCAAGUCAGCGGGCAGGUCGUGCGGGUCGUACAGCACCUGGCAAAUGUUUUCGCUUAUAUACUGCAUGGGCGUACAAACAUGAAUUGGAGGAUAGUACCAUUCCAGAAAUACAGCGUAUUAAUUUGGGAAAUGCAGUGCUUAUGCUCAAGGCUCUUGGUAUUAAUGAUCUGCUACAUUUCGACUUUUUAGAUCCACCACCACACGAAACGCUCGUUAUUGCUCUAGAACAGCUUUAUGCAUUGGGUGCGUUAAAUCACCAUGGUGAACUAACAAAGUUGGGACGUCGAAUGGCAGAAUUUCCAGUUGAUCCUAUGAUGGGCAAAAUGCUACUGGCUAGCGAGAAGUAUAAAUGCUCCGAAGAAAUGGUCACUAUUGCAGCAAUGCUCUCAGUUAACAGUGCAGUUUUCUAUAGACCAAAAGACAAAAUUAUACAUGCUGAUACAGCACGUAAGAACUUUAAUCAUAUUCACGGUGAUCAUUUGAGCUUGCUACAGGUUUACAAUCAAUGGGUUGAUACUGAAUACAGUACGCAGUGGUGUUACGAAAAUUUUAUACAAUAUCGUUCUAUGAAAAGAGCGAGAGAUGUCCGUGAACAACUGAUUGGUUUAAUGUUGCGUGUUGAAAUCGAUAUGGUAUCAAGUCUUACAGAAAGCACCAACAUUCGGAAAGCAAUCACCGCUGGAUACUUCUAUCACGUUGCCAAAUUAUCUAAAGGCGGUAACUACAAAACAAUCAAACAUAAUCAAACUGUAAUGAUACAUCCGAACUCCGCAUUAUUCGAUGAGCUACCACGUUGGGUGCUUUAUCAUGAAUUAGUAUUUACUUCAAAAGAAUUCAUGCGCCAAGUUACGGAAAUUGAAAGCAAAUGGUUAUUGGAAGUUGCGCCACAUUACUAUAAGGAAAGAGAAAUUGAAGACUCUACGAACAAAAAGAUGCCUAAAGUCGUUGGACGUGCACAUAUGACGGAUUAAUUUUGUACAACAUUUUGAUAUAUUAUACAGAUUUCUAUAAAUGUUUUGCGAUAAGAGUUGAAAAAGAUGAUUACGUUUAAGUGAAUGGUUAGUUAAUGGACCUUUCUACAGUUUAUAUGCUAUAUAAACAUAUUUAAAGUAAAAUGUAAGCAGAAAAUUCAAUUUAAUAAAACUAA